AUGGUGGUGGCGAAACCCGAGAGAGGUCUAAAGUUGGAGAUGUUGAGGUUUGAAGUUGGAGAUGGAGGCGAAAUGGUGGUGGCGAGACUCGAGAGAGGUAUUCUUCCUGAGUCGUUGUUGCCAAGCUUACACAUGCUUGAGGUUUUCAAAAGAGUUGAGUCCGAAGAAGGUAUAGAGAAAGUUUGA